CGCCCUCCAGCCCCACCGCCGUGCGAUCUGGCGGUCUCCCGAUCCCGUCCGUCCGCUCCCCACCCCCAAAGCCCUCCUCUUCCUCGUCCCCCCAGACCUCACCUCCCUAGUCCCGUCCCGAUUCCCGAACAAGAGCGAGGCCGCACUCCCCCACGAGUCCACUCUCCGACCGCACGCUCCGCGACGCGAUGGCCGCGCUCCGCCUCGCCUCCUUCACCCUCCGCCCCGCCGCCGCCGCCGCCGCCUCUUCCGGCGCGACUCCAUCGGCUCCCCGGUCCGCCUCUUUCUCCAGCGUGGCGCGGGGGCUCCCCUCCCUCCGCCUGGCCCCGCCCCGCCGCCGCCGCGGGGACCUCGCCAGGCCCCGCGCCGCGGCCGAGGCCGCGGCGGAGAGCUACGCGUCCGCGCUGUCGGAGGUGGCCGUCGAGAACGGCACCCUCGAGCAGACGGUCUCCGACCUCGAGAAGCUGGAGAAGAUCUUCGCCGACGAGGCCGUCGCCGAGUUCUUCGACAACCCCACCGUCCCGCGCGAGGAGAAGGCCGAGCUCAUCGGCGAGAUCGCCAAGUCGUCCGAGCUGCAGCCGCACGUCGUCAACUUCCUCAACGUCGUCGUCGACAACUUCCGCGCGUCCAUCGUGCCGCAGAUCGUCGUCGAGUUCGAGAACGUCUACAACUCGCUCACCGGCACCGAGGUCGCCACCGUCACCUCCGUCGUGCAGCUCGAGUCGCAGGACCUCGCGCAGAUCGCGCAGCACGUCCAGAAGAUGACCGGCGCCAAGAACGUCCGCCUCAAGACGCAGCUCGACCCGGCGCUCAUCGCCGGCUUCACCGUGCAGUACGGCCGCGACGGCUCCAACUUGAUCGACAUGAGCGUCCGGAAGCAGAUCGAGGAGAUCGCGUCCGAGUUCGAGUUGCCCGCCGUCCCGCUCGAAGUCUGAGGCCGGCUUGAGGCGUCCAUCCUCGCCCUCGAAGCUAUAGGAUUCAUAUUUGAAUGAAUGGUGAAUACACUGCAUACCGGAUUCAAGAAAUUUGGUUUCAAAUAAGGAAAGUGAUAGAAAUGAGGAGGAUGUGACCAUAAAUUUCACAUGAACGGUGUAGGAAGUAGAGAAACUAGUGUCCAGUUCCUAUAACUGCAGUGCUCCCUUGGAACGCAACGCAGGAAUUUCGAGUUUCACAAGCAAAAACAUCCCGCAUUCCAAAGAGGGCAUUAAACGGUUCGAAAUGAUGUGAUUAUUCUUCAGCAGAAAGAAGAAUGUACAGAAUGCUCACACAAGUAAUCCAUUCCCAUAUAUCGACCAAAACGCCCAAGAUUCUUACUUGGAUAUUCCAUCCAGGCUUGCAAUCAAAAUUUACAAACUUCCCUAGAGCUGCAGAAUUGCCAAUUUGUUCGGGAAUUAAUCUGAUCUGGAAUGGUUUUCCAUCUUUGCAGCUGCUACUGUCUCAAGGAACCAAGCGGGAAUGUUGGCCCUGUCCCCUUCAGUCACUCAGACCUGCGGAUCAACGGUGGUGGCUCCAAAUCUCCGAUACAUAUAUGAACGGACCCUAUUUUUGUGCGUUUCGGUUGGCGGGAACCUCUGUAGUUCUUUCUCCUUUUUUUUCCUGUGGUUGACAGACACAGACAGACACUGUAAUAUGUUUUAAAACACUCAUCUAUAUAGCUGAGUGUGCACCUCUUCUCUCAAUCGUAUAUACAAGCUGAGAUAGAGUCAUGGGAUGA